UUGUGAAAGUUCGCGUAACAAGUCGCGGCGUAACAAGGGGCCCCACAUGUUCACCCGAAGGAGCAGCAGCCCAUUAGUGUUCGAGAGCUGAUGCAGCACGAACACCAAACAGCCUCACAGACUCAUUAUGGGUGACCGCAGCAACGUGAGCUGAGACGGAAGCAUCGGAAUCGGCUUUAGUGGAUGUGGCAGAGCGCCAUUCGAGGACUGGACUGGAACGGCACAACAGCUGGUGCGCUGCUGGAGAAGCGUGCCUCAUCUUCAACUCAAUCCAUUACAAAUCUCACGUACUAUAACCGCAGGGUAUGCCUCGUACUGUUCGCGCCAGCCAUAUUGUGCAGCCUCUUGGUGGAGUCGUGCGACACGGUCAACGUCUGCUCCGCUGAACAGUGUAAAACCGCUCCCUUGUGUCAAUCGAACAAAGACCAUGAGCACAAAUGUGUGAAGCACGAAGAAGGCGGGACAACAUGCUAUUGCUUCCCUCAUUGCGUAAAGAACAUUAACCAAUGCCAAGAGAGUACCAUAUGUCUCGUAACUCUCUGUGCGUCCUAUCAGUCCAAUGCGACCCAUACUGUGGUGCCUCCAACAGGAAAGUGCAACUGCUGCGCGGAGCUGCUCGAUAACUGUAUCCUGCAUCAGCUGAUUUCACAGGGUUGUGAGAGCUUUUAAGCCGUACUGACCACUUCGUGCUAGUAAUAGACGUAUUAAAUAUGCUUUGUACACAACUGCUGCACGAUAAUAAAAUGUCGAACGAAUGUU